GAAUCGAGAGAAGGACAAGAGGACGAACUUGUGUUUUUAAGGUCAAUUCGAUGACACAUGACACAGAAUGGAUGUGACAAUCACUGGCUACGUAAUGUCAUAGCAGGAAAACUGGAUCAGCGUGAAUACUGAUGGUAGUGGCUGGGGAGGGUAGAGAUUGGGGUGGAGGGCGCUACGUUUAAGGUAAAUAGAAAUUGAAUUAAAUGUAUAAUCAUCGUUUUCAUCGUGGUGAUCAUCAUCAUUAUCAUCAUAUUUACCUUCGCUGACAGUCAGGUGACACUGUGAACCGAUAAACAGACAAACGAGACUCAAAGCGAGGUAUCUUUGGUUCGUUUUUCGUUUUACAUACCCCAUCCCCCCUGUUAAGAAAAAUAGGUCUUGCCAAUACGGCGACCCCGGCGAAAGCUUGAGAGAGAGAGAGAGGCAGUCUGUAUUUGCAUUUUUCCGGCAUUGAACAGUCGGCCGGUGCCCGCAGGAGCCUGCAAGCUGCCCGCUCGCUGUUCUGUCUGUAGGCUGUGCUCCAUGCUACCAGGGGAGACCAUCGUGCCGAAGUGAGCAGCAAAGCAGCAGCAACAAGAAUGCUGCAGCCCGGAUGACUUCUCAGACUCCGGUCACGGAGAAAGAGAAAGAGAGAGAAAGCCAAAACACCUUACAGACAGCGCGAGUGAGAGCGAAAAAAGAGAGGAAAAAAAGGGAGGAGACAGGAAAAAAAAUCGUGGCCCUCACCCACCAUCACCAUCACCACCUACUACUACCACCACCACCACCACCACCACCACACAACCCUCCCGGUUGGAGGGCAGGAGUGUGCCCGGAGGUUUGGGGCCAAACUGAUUCAAAAUGGCGAUAUCGUUGGUGCUGGUCGAUCGCCGCUGCAGCCAGCAGUCAGAGUAAAAGCAGCAGUUUUAACAGCAGCUCGCUCAUCGAUAUUAACGCGUACCUCGCCGAGGCCGCCUUUGCUGGUGCUGCUGCUGCUGCUGCGCUGCUGGCCUGCAUCCCUUCGUCUGCUAGCACGCAGGCAACGGUACCAACAUCGCCGACAGCCUACAGGGCUCGUGCUGCAGCUUCCGCUGUUGUUGUUGUCGUCGUCGUUGUUGUUGUUUUGUUAUCACGACUACCACGCUACUACUUGCUCGUGCCUACGACGACUACUACUAUCAGUGUUUGAACAACUGGGAAAGUUUCCUCACAAAGUGAACAAACAAGCAGCUUUUCGGAUACCGCCAUACUCCCGUCGUCGUAUUUACUGUUGGGAGACGUCUCUCUCGGUGCAGCUGCAUCUUCCCACCUCCUCUCAUCAUCGCCACCCUGUAUCUACCCCUCCCUACCCACGUCGUCGUUGCUGCUUCGCCCCUUGUGUCUGGCCAGUGCUGUAACUCUACCGCUGUAACCACCAUACUGCACUUCUGUUGCUGCGUUGUGCUGUAGCUGCAUCCGUGCCGUGCCGUGUUGUGCUGUGACGUGCUGGCUAGCGAGCCAGCAAUCUGUCACCGUUAAGGUCUGCGAGGGAACAUCGUUCGUUUUCUGGGAUGUGCCGGGAGACCCACAGAAAGGAGGAGACAACUGCCAGACGUCGGUCAGUACGUGAGUAAAAAAAAAAAGAAAGAGACUGCCUCUACCUGGAAAAAUACGAACGACACACACACGCACACACGCGCGCGCGCAUCGUGGGGCGUGCGUGCGUGCGUGUGUAUGUGUGCGUGUGUGUACGUGCUGCAUGCGUGCGUGUGGUGGGAGGUUGGGUAAGAACGAGAGAGUGAGAGAGAGUCGCAGACCUCGGGAGGAUUAAAAGGAAAUCAUUGAAAGACGACCGACGGUUUGGUUUCACGCAGUGGAGGCGGGUAUGGUAGUGUGUCCAGGAGACCAGGACAUCUCCACUGGAAUCCCCCGUUCUCGCCCCUGCUGUUGUCAUCACCGUCGUCGUUGUCGUCAUGAAGACACCGGUGGGGACCAACAGCGCCUGCUGGUUCUGUGCGGUGCUGGACAUUUUGUCGGCCCUGUCCUUGCCCCACCCCCCAACCCCGAGGGAGGAGGGGACUGUGCUCUGGAGGGAGAGCAGGAGGUUGGCAGCGGCCAGACCGGAGCGGCGGAGGGACGCGGACAGGCGGCGCUACGGUCGCUCGUUGGGGCCGGUGCACCACUCUGAAAGGCGUUUCGCCCUCUACCAGGGUCCGCACGCCGAGGACGGUGACCUGGAGGCCAGCCGGGCCCUGGCCUUCAUCGACAGGUACCAGCGCGACCCAACCCCCAACUGUUCGCGUGAGAGCAUCUACAUCGGAGACUACACCUUCCGGUCCGAGUACUUCUACACCCCGUUCGGCGAGCAGGUGGCCAAAGCUGUGCAGCUCGCCAACGUGCUCAACAGCCUCUUCAUGUACAGCUACCGCUCCGACGACCUGUACAAGAACGUCACCUUCUUUGCCCUGACCCAGACUCUGGUGGAGGAUGACCCCAAGGUGAAAGGUUGCGGCAUCGCGUUUCGCGCAGGUCAGUACCCGCUGUACCCGAACGACAGCAAGUCCUACUUCUUCCCCUACUCGUACCGUGCCGACGGCGGCACGACCGUGGUGUCCGACCUCACCAAGCUCUACAGCCCCUUCCAGAUGCCGUGGUUUACCUACCACAAGGACCGCUUCAGCAGCAGCUCCGCCGGCACCUACAAGCACGCGAGGACCGUCUUCACUAACUUCAGCGAUGUGGGCAAGCUUUCUAACAUUCAGCAUCAGUGGAACGUGUCCAUUCGUGUCUUCGACAAAGACGGAUACUGGGGGCGGCCCUACUACGACUGUCUCCUCAAUACUUGGAUACUUCAGUUCUCGGUUCCCUUCUUUGGACUCAACUCCAACGGUCAUGUUGUCUUCAAGGGUGUAGUGCUGUUGGAUUUAGACCUCUCUCUUCUGGAGAUCAACCAGUGCGCCACCAAGGAAUCUGGUCUCUUUGCUGGGACUCACCGAUGUCGUGAGAGAGCACACGGUGCGUCCAUUUGCCUGGAAACGAGUUUCGCUGGGGAAGCUACGAGUGUCACUGUAAAGCCGGCUUCUACAGUCCAGGACCCAAGGGACACAACAACAGAGUCUUCGACGGCAGACAGGUGGAAAUGGCGUACCUUGAGAUGGUGGACAACAUCUCACUCAAACUACACACAGGACUUCAUGUGCCUGCCGUGCCGCAAGGGAUGCAGUCAGUGUGAGGAGGACGAGCCGUGCAUCGUGGAAUACGACGUGUGGCUGCGCGGCAUUCCUCUGGGCAUCCAGAGCUUCACCAUGACCAUCACUCUUGUCGUUGGAAUCGUCGUUGCGAGACUGAGGAAGACCAAGGUGAUGCGCUCGAGUGUCUGGGUUCUGCUGGAAAUGGUCUUGCUGGGAGCCCUGCUUCUGUAUGCCACGGUGGUCAUACAGUAUUUUGAGCCAGACGAAAUGAACUGCCUGCUGGUGCCAUGGUUCCGAGAAGUAGGAUUCGCCAUCCUGUAUGGAACCUUGCUGCUGAAAAUAUACAGGAUCCUGGCAGAGUUCCAGUCACGCAAGGCGCACCGAGUGCACGUGCGGGACAAGGACCUGUUCAAGUCGCUGGCGGUGAUCCUGGUGGUGGUGCUGGGCUACAUGGCCGCCUGGACCGCCGUCAACGCCGACCACCUGGCGCAGAAUUCCACGCUGCUGCAGACGGCCGUCACGGCAGACAACCUCAGCUACGUCCUGUGCAAGUUCCUGUGGUGGGACUACGCCAUCGAGAUGGCAGGUAAAGGUCUCACAUUCAGAUUGUGUCCUAUACAGAAGCUACCCGAGGUUCCAAUCCUCACCAUCAGACUUGUGAUGUAUGUUGUAGCCGAGGCCUUGUUCCUGGGAGUCGGCGUGUACAUGUGCUACUGUGUGCGAGCUGCGCCCUCUGACUACUCGGAGGGUCGUUACGUCACCGUGGCCAUCGCUUAUGAGCUCUUCAUCUCCGUCGCCUUCUACGUCGUCAAGCACCUGUGGUGGUUAGAGCUGCACCCUGAUUACUUCUUCCUGCUGUACUUCUUGAGGUGUCAAGCCACGGUCACGAUCAACCUCCUCAUACUCCUCGGCCCGAAGCUGUGGUACGCCCAUCGGCCGCCUGAGGACGACCGGAUGCGAACCCGGGCCUAUUCGCAGUCGGACGUGCAAGACAGCACAGCCCCGGAAACGAUGAAACUCAACGUCGGCAUCUCCUCCAACGGCGACGUGGACGUUGGUGAGAUCAGCCUAACGGAAAUGGACCCAGAGGACAUCAGGGCGGAGCUCAAGAGGCUGUACACGCAGCUGCAGAUAUACAAAACCAAGACCAUGCGCAAGGACAACCCUCACAUAUCCAAGCGGCGCGGCGGCCGGAAGCAGACCCACCGGCGGUUCUCGCUGCAGGCGUUCCACCACAAGCACCGCCACCACCACGAACACGAGCACGAGCACGAGAUGAGCAAGACACCCGAGGAGUCGACCAACUCGGCCGAAGCCAUGACCUUUCCUAUGGAGCCCAGCGUUAAGGAGGAACCGGAAGGCAGCAGCGGCAGCGGCAGCGGCGCGCGCAACGUUCCGUCUGUGUCCUUCAAGCCGGGUCACACGUGAUCGGUGACGCGCGUUGGCGUUGAUUGGUCGGCUGGCUUGCACGCGCAAGGGGAGCGCGCAGCAGGAGUGGUUUCAGCCAUCUGCAACAAAAAAAAAUUUUUUUAACGGGGUAAGGGGUAUGGGGGAGCAACUCUGCAAGUGGGUGAACUCCGAGAAAGAGUCGAAAAAAAGAUGUCGCAGACCGCACCAUUGUGUCUGUCACUUGUGUGACUGCCAACCACUGGCGGUCUGCCGAGUGCGACUUGAAAUUUCUUGUAAUUGCGGUCCCACCAAGAAAUGGACAUGCUGACAAAUGGCCCAGGCAAACGGGUGAUAUGUUAUAUGAUGACAAAGUUUGUGGACUGUAAUCAGAUUCAGUCAAACGUCACUGCUGCGAAACAUUGUUACCGACAAAAAAAUCCAAAUCCACGGGAGAUAAUUAUCACCUUUACGUUUCUCUCCCUUGCUAGCAAGACGUGUCCAGCUAGAGCUCUUAUACUCACAGGUCUCAGAUCUCUUACUUUAUGGAAGAGCUAUGAUACCAUGGGGAACGGGUAACAAUGAGGGGCGGGUACCUGUUUUGGUGGUUGGGGGAGGAGGAUUGCUUAUAGGCCCCCUUAUCAUUAUUAUAGUAUAUUUUGACAAGACUCCAUUUCCUUGAAACUUCUUUCAAAUUUGUCGACGGUAUGGCAUCGACAGAUCCUUACCUGCCCAUCCUCUGCUGCCUCACCCCAAGGGACUUUUUUCUUUAUGAUGGAUGAAACGCACUUUUGUUGCUCGUUCAAAUCAUCGCUGGACUGUCUCGGCCGUUUCCUUUUUCUUGCCUUGGACAGAAAUCCACGGUCAGCCGCUUACAACACUUGCCAUCUGUUUCCCCUGGCAUGGAUGCUGAGUGUAAUUGUUGGACUGUUCUCCUCCUGCCACGCUAAGCAUUACAGUGUCGUGGAAGAGAUCACAGGGAGGUCAAGAGAAUUUUCUCGAGGAACGCGAGAAGGACGACCUGCAGGAGAAGUCUUGGAAGCUGAGGUCGACGUGGAAAGAGUGCAGCAGGGGAGAGAAGCGAACGGAGGUGGAGGGUGUAAACAGUUGCCAGCUGCUGACGUGGUGCGUUCACCAUGUCAUCCUAUGCUGCUGAGGGUUUUUCUGCGCACCGGUGCGCCUGCACCCUAUAAGUGCACCAGUACCCCAACGGGGCGCCAUUUUCCCCUUAAAUGGAAUCGUAUAGCGAUUGGAUUACGAAUAUAAAAACUAAUGGGAAGAUCAUUUCUAGAUUCUCACAAAGUAAUCCUCAUUUUUUUCUGUUAUUUUCAACAUCAUGAUGUCGUUCUUGACUGUAAAUUAUCCAUCAUCAUCCUCAUCAUCCUCCUCAUCAUCUGACAUCAUCAUCAUCAUCAUCGAGUUAAAGUGUAAAUAUCUUUCAGAAAUUUCAGUCCUUACUCAUUACGAUUACCAGUUCUUGAGCAGUAGCUGACACGUGAUCCAAUGAUACUUUGAUACUUUGGUAUUAUUUCGAUAAUCUGAAACUUUUUUUCUUUCUUCACUACCUGGAUGAGAGUUCUAUCCAAAUACAGUUAAUCACCAACGAGGUCUCUGCUUGAUUUUAGAGCUCAUUCGAAGAGUCUGACAAUAUUUUUGGACAUUAGUCCUAAAUGUGUUUAUCCACGUCAAUCUGAAUAAGUAAACACUUAAUACAAGUAUUUCAAAAAACGAUAUAUAUGCAUUUCAUAUAUAUAUAUAUCAUUUACACUUGUAUUGCAGCCGAAUUCCUUUCAUUUCUUCAUCUCUCCUCUCUCUCUCUCUCUCUCUCUGGUAAAGAAAACUAAACUGUUCUGUUUAUGCAACAUAUUUUAGAUAUGACAUAAGCAUAGUCAUGUAUUCUUAAUUCUUCUUCUCAUACAGGCAAAGAUUAGAAGUAUAUUAUAUGUAACUAAUUUAUUCGCGACCAGGACAAAAGAAGAUUGGCCCCUUCUUUGGAUUAGCACCAUGGCUGUUGGUAGCCAUACUCUCCUCCACCUUUAUUCUCUGAUACCUGUCAUUUUAGGAUAAACAUUUUAAAAAUGCGUUUAGUGGAACUCAGAAUUGUUUUUAAUCAAAUGGUUGACAUUUUUUUCAAAUUGAUGCUUUACAAAGUGCAGUGCCCGAGAUGAGAUGUUAACCGAAGACACUGUCUUCUUCUAGCCUUUUUUACAGGUUGUUAGUGGGGAUAGGGUGAGACUUUUUAAAGAAAUUUUUAAAGCAGAUAUUAAUAAAUUUAAACUUUGAUACAACAGAAAUAUUUUAAGUAGUUCUUGAUACUUUACACGUUAAACUGUCUUUCAUGUCACUUAUAGCUUUAAGAAGAAAAAAGGGAAUAGGGGAAGACUUGAAUCGUUGUGUUUUCAUCUUAUACGAACUGAGACUGGGUUAUAACUGAAUACGUCUUUUGGGAAGACAUUUCUCUUUCAUUCUUCCUUGCAAGUCCUUGUCUCUUCCCCUUGUUCUGUACUCGAUUUCCAUCUGAGUCAAAACCCCUCUGAACAAAAGAGAAAAUAAAAAUUAUGUUCUUGCCGAGUCAUGCCUCUCAUAAGCAAAACUUGUGACUUCACAGACUUUCUGAUUUAGUCUUAACUUAGGAAUCGCAUUCUGGUGCCAGUUGCCCGUUUCUUUUUCAUCUCAUUCAUCAUGUGACAUUAUCAUUGUCAUCAGAUUACUCUUCAUGAUAGGCAUCUCUCUCUCUCUCUCUCUCUCUCACUCACUCACACAUAUUGUCCCUCAUAACCCCCACACACUCGUCGUGCCUCGACGAGAAGCCAUUUCUGAGUUUUGACAUUUAUAGAUUACCAUAGAUGAACUAAAGCAUGGACUGCUUUUUAAUUUUUUUCUUUUUUUUUUUUCUUUGUUUUGAUGGGGACGGGGGUUGUCUGGGGAAAGGUGUCGUCAUACUGUUUUGUCUCCUGUGAAUUUAAUAUAAUGCUUUGUCAUGUUUUUGCGAUGUAUAAUUAUUACAUCAAUAUACGGGUCAAUUCACCAAAACUGCUCCUCCGAGCGGAAGCGGAAGGGCGUGGCCACGCGCGCCUACGAACAGUCCAAGGAAAAGAAGAGUACAAGAAGGUGCACCAUAUUCAAGCUUUUUGAACACACAAAACUGUCCGGUGGAUACGAAGGGAUGAGUUCAGCCACGUGUCGACGAGUUGCCCGGAUGUUGAUACGGUACGACUGUGUCGCUGUGACUGGACUGUGACCGGAUGUCAUGUGACGCGAAAAAAAAAAUUGUUGGAGUCGACAGAGACAAAUGGCGAAGCCGGGAUUCGAGUUAUUGGAGAAACGAAAUCGUGUACGCUUCGACCUCCUCUCCCCUACCCCACACCCAUCUACCCGUGUCUUGUAUGCACCCCCUCGCCUCCUCGAGUCUAGAGCUCGUGGGGUGUUUGUCACGUGACCGGAAGUGACGAGGUGGGGAUGGGGUGGCGGGGGUUGUUGAGGGCUGGGCAUCGACUGACAGCGCCGACUCGCGUCAUGGUUGGCGCCGACGGUGUUUGUGAUGUGUGUGCAUGUGUGUGCGUGCGUGUGUGUACACGUGCGUCGAUGGAGCGGAACGUGACACGUGCAGAACGUCAGCGAGGUGUGACGUCAGUGGAGCGUUAGGAGGACACUUGAGUCUACACUACAAAAAGUGCCGAUAUGUUCAGAAGACUGGGAUUCUCAUUAACAAAAAAAAAAAAAAGUGCUUUCUCCCUGUGAGUUUGCCAGAUUCCUCGCUGUUGCUGUACAAAGAGUAAAACUUUUUCUUUUCAUUCAUCGGAUCUGUGUUUCUCAAAAUGACAAGCGAGUAAUGUGUUAACAGUCGAAAUAAUUUCGAAACUCAGUAUAUGUCUAGCAUAACAUCGUUUCUUUCGUCUGUGUCUGUUUGAUGGAGGACUUUUUAACAGCAUCUCUUUUGGUGUGUUAACUGCUUUGAACCGAGACAGAAAUACACGCUUGUGGCUAAAGCUUAUACUCAUUAACUCGUGUAACGGCCAUCUUGAAACGUGAGUAGCAGUAGAUGUGUGUCAUACAAUUCAUAAUUAUUCUUUGUCAGCUCAGCCUCCUUUAUCUUUCACAGUAACUGAACAAGGCGCUUCAUACAAUACACAUCUGUUGCAAUAUUUUUUUUUCCCUUACUUCUUUUCCUUCUGAAAAUGAUUUGGCUUUGUUUGACACUGAUGUUUGUUUCUGAUUUAUGUUCCUCGUACACUGGGUUGCGAACCACAGCGUGUUUGGUGACCAGGACUGCUGCUCAGCACCUACAGAGAAGUCUGGAAUGUUACAUCUCCACGAUAUAACAGUCUCCCGAAAACUGUUAAAAAAUGUGACAUAUCCACGGUUAUUAAUUACCUCGAAGGUAUGAGAUCCACAUUUAGGGACACUCCAAACUCUCCUUUGUCCACAGUGUUGUUGAAAACCUGGGCAAGUGUUUUUCGAAAGCAGACCUGUAGAAAAAGGCGAUAGGUGUGUUUUAGUUUGUUAGAUUUUUUUUGCAAUUCAAGCACUGAAAUGUAUCUAAGAAGAACAAAAACCUGCAGGAAAGUUCUCAUUGUUUUCUCUCUGUCAAGAUUAUGUUUAAUGGUAUUGUCAAAGUCUGACUAGCAUUCAGUCUGCAGAACAUUCACCUGUCAGUGAAUUUUACAUUAUGUGUGCAGGUCAUUUGGUAACUACUACUGCUAUUGUUAAUUAUCGUCUUCAUCUUCACUAUCGACAUAUUUAUCAUCAACCACAUCAGCUCUUUUACUAAAAGUAGUCAGACUCUUUCGUCAGGGCUGAAGUUCAUGUCGAUACUGUAACCGACUAGUAAUAUCCACCCUGCCGAUGAUCCGGGUGUGUACCCGACAUAGGUGUAUGAAAGCUGGGGUCUGUAGCAUGAGUAAGUUGCAGGAUCGAAUGAAAUCCAGCCCCCGGAGAGUACGACAGACAAAACAUUUGUUCACUACUUUUUUUCUCUCGUGCUUCGUGCAGUAUAACUAAGUGAUUUGACAUAAUUGUUACGGCAUUUCCUACCAGUCUGAUAUUCAUCAAUCAUUUCAUUUACCAAUACCAUGAAGACUGACAACAUUAAAAGCAUUUGAUAGUUAUAAGACGUGUUUCUUUUAGUUUUGUGCACGACAAACUCUCGUCCCAUUUCGAUUUUCAUCUCAUUUGAUAAUCUUAAUGUUUGAACCAAUCGCCAUGUUGCUCGCCAUUCAAUAUGCCUGAGAUUAGCUGCUGACCCGGUCGAACUCAUUUUUUUUUCAACUCAGUUGGCUGGAAACAACAUCUAGACUAGAUUUUGUUGUGUGUUUUCCCUUUAAGAAUUCCCUUGAAACUUUACAGUGAAGGAGGCAUUAAAGCAAAUGGAAACUGAAAGUGCUUAAAUCCCCGAAGGAACACACCAACACACACACGUGCGCAGGCCGAGAAAGAAGGAAGAAUAUUUACUCACACAUAUCCACACCGCUCACUAAAUAUUUCUUUGAAACUCGAAGAUAUCUUUGAGAUUACCAUUUAAUUUCUCGUGCAUGACAUAAACCUCUGUCAACUGUAUUGUAAUCCGAUCACUUCCACGUUUGGCAGUAAACAGCUGACAUUUCUGACCAAUGCUCAUGACAAUACUGGCAUUACUCGGGUUGUGUGUCGCUUAACCAACACGUCUUCAAACGUUUGCUUUCUUGGUCCGUUCACUUUCUGUUUUUAUUUUCUUUUUUUUUUUUUUUCAUGUCUCAGGUUCUAAUGUCGAAACGCACAAAAAUGUUGGCAUGAUUUUUGGAUAGAUACUGUCAUGUCCCUUCAACUUCAGCGUUAAGUGGCCACCACUUUUUCUGCCCCCUGCAAUUUCCACUUCGGUCACGUGACUGUCACAUGCUCUUUUCCCUGUUGGCCCGAAUGAACUCUUAGCGCAUCGUGUGAUCUGUUUGCUCCGCAAGCCAAAUAGCAAAAAUUUUAGAAAAGUCGCCUUGUUCCUAGAGUAGUGGGUGAGAGACAAACGGGUGGGCGAAGAUUCUUGUGCAGUCUGUCGUCUGCUGUUCUAGAGGGUAGAUGAGAAAGGGAUGAGGGCUUUCCCUUGUGAGAAGUGUUCCUUCGACCAGAGGUUGAUGUGGAAGUUGCCAGUUGUUCCAGAUGUACGUGUCCCAAUGUGGAACUGGGCUGCAAAUGUUGCUGUGAGAACUGUGCUGAUAAAAUGGCAGUAAAGAAAACAAAACAUGGAAAGAGAUGCAAACUUCCCAUCCUGUUCUGCUUUCCCCUUUUAUUUAUUUAGUUAUUUAUUUGUUUCCUUCUCUUUUCUGUAAAAUGGAUUUGUCCCCCAUUUUUGUCUCACUGGAAUCAUAUUAUGAUCAAGGUGGUUGUUCUUGGGAAAUCUCGGCAACAUACUUAUUACUGCAACAUUCUCUGUAUUUUUCAAGGAGCAGGAAUCUGUCGAGACAUGAGUCCACUUCCAUUUCAGACAGAGAAUUUUAACUUUUCACUCCAGUUCUUCAAAAAAUACUAGAGUUGGGGGCAACCUGAAAUAAAUAGGAACACAAGGAUCUUAUUUUUAGCGAGGUUGUUUGAGUUUCCAGGUGAUUGAAAGAUUCAGAUUUUCCUCCCAUCCACCCACCCAAUGUGUUGCAAUGUAGUUUACAAUUUGUUUUCAAUCAGCCCUCAUCUCAGACUCCUCUACUUUGUCUUCUCUCUCUCACACACACACACCGAUGUUCUCUCAUCCAGCGGCUUCUGCUACCUUCUGUCAGAAGCGCACAUAGUCCAGCAUUUCAGAUGAGGUCCACCACAAAAUAAAAAGCUUUUCUACUUGUUUACUGUACGUUCUGCGCCAGUUUAUUUCCAGCAACAACUGAUCCGUGAAAUGUCCUCUGGGAGUAAGGACUUAGGUUUCUGCCGCAAAAUUAAUGUUGCGACAACCUUUGCUGAGCUGUUCUUUCGUUGAGCUUUAAUUUCCAUGCUGCUGUUAAUCCCGCUGUUUGUUUGCUUGACUGCGUGUUUGUCUUAUCUCUGUCCUUCUUGUUUAGCUCCGUGAACAUUCGAAUACUUCAAGCCAACGGCAAUGGAGUACUUUUCUCAACACUCUGACGCCAGGCUCCCUCAUAUUAUUCCGAGACAAAAAAAAAUAAAUAAAUAAAACAAAAACCAUACAGAAUUUUAUACGAAGGUUUUUUUGGUUUUUUUUUUUUUUGGUUUUUUUUUUUUUUUUUGGUUUUUUUUCUGAAGCGUCCUUCGUAUUAAACACCUCAAGUUGUGCGAACUGCUUUGUUUGAAAGUUUUUUUGUUUAUUGUUUUUGUGCAUGUGUCACUGAUUCCAACAAGUAAACAGGAUUAAUGAAGAGAUUAGCGAAUUUAAGUAUCGCCUCCCUCCUCUAGUCCCAUCUCUUUGUCCGUCUCUUCCUUCUGUUCGUUUCAACUGCCGAAAUAGAGUCUCUCAUCCUCCUCGGCUGUACCGUAGUAUUGUAUUUGGACAACGACUCAGCAUGUCACCAGAAUCCAUGCCUCAUAGUUCCUCUAGGAUGUCAUCAGAUUUCGUGUUUUGUCAUCAGAUUUCUUGUUCUCGUCAUCAGUGUAGACUUUCCGCCAACAAACCGUGUGCAUAAGCGAGCUAGACAAACACCUGCCCUGUCAUUUUCUCUCCCGCACAUGUAGAUGGCCAUGCAAAACUAAUCCUGUAAAAUUUUGUAAUAAAAACAUGUAAAUUACUGUAA